AUGGCUAAGGUCUCCGUCACCGGAUGCUUCAAAUGUGUUAAAUAUGCACUUUUCGCAUUCUGUCUCGUCGCUUGGAUUAUCGGUCUUGUUGCAUUUGUGUGGGGCAUCGUGGCUCGUGCAACCGGACAUUUUGGACCACUUGAAUCCCACAUCCCCGCCGCCACGUCCGGUGCAAAUAUACUUAUCGCUGUUGGAUUUAUUAUAAUGUUCGUCGGAUUCCUCGGCUGUUGUGGGGCAAUUCGUGAAAGCCAAUUCCUGCUUAUGGCUUUCUUCUUUUCCAUCUUCCUGUGCUUCAGUCUCCUCAUGGCAGCUGGUCUGUGGGCCGUAGCCUGGCAGCCAAGACUUCCCGUCUACCUGCACAAUUCGCUUGAGAAGUUGGUACGGAGCUACAAAACGGACUCUAAUUCUGACGAUAUCAAGUUGCUGGAUUUCAUUCAAAAUAAGUUUGCCUGCUGUGGUGCUGUUGGGAUUGAGGACUUCUCGGGUUUGCAUGUUCCCGCCAGUUGUGGCUCAACCAUUACAGAGCAGACUCAAAGACCAGGAUGUCAACCCAAGAUUCUUCAAUCAGGGCAGGAGAACCUCUCGACAAUGGCAGGCAUUGGUAUCGGCUUUGGUGUUAUAAUGAUCUGUGGAAUGGUCUUUUCCUUGAUGCUGUGCUGUGCUCUUCGGGAGAUUAAUUAA